AGAUCGGAUCUACAAUUCGUGACGUGUUUAUUUUUCAUUACACAGUACGUCACCAUUUAAUGAACUUGUUAUUCUUGCAACAAGAAAAAUAUUUCUAUAUUUUCAACUAAACUUAAUUGUGUGGCAUACGUAUUUUAGAAUAAAAAACAGUGUUUUUUAAAAAUUACAAAAAAAUCUACCAUCAUUUAAUUAAAAUGAAAUAUAGUAAUUUUUUAUUAUUUUUCUUGGUAUCUAACACAAAUAAUGGUCAGGAAACAAACAAUAAGAAGUAUACAAUUGACUUUUUAAAUUCAUUUCUACAAAGAAGCAAGUGGAAAGAUACAUUACAUGAUGUGUUAGACCGUCAAAACAGUAAUUUCGUUUUAGAAUAUGAACUAAUAUUUGAUGUUGACGAAUGUGUUAAAGAUCACAUCGUUGAUGAAUAUAAUGUUGAGCAAAAACUAAGAGAUAUAAUGUUGCUUAUUAAUUAUAAAUACACUACUGUUUUUGCAAGAAUAUUACUUCACUUAACAGACAUUUGUUGUGAUUGUUGUAGGCAGUACAAUGAACACCGAUCUCUUUUCCCGCAUUGUGUGAAAUUAUUAAAAUCAAGUAUUGAAAUUUCAGAACGGCUUAUAAUACGAUUUAUUAGUGUAAUAGAUUUUUUAAAGGAUUUGUUAGACAUCGAAACUAACCCAUUUGUUUUAAAAGAAUUUAAACAUUUUAUUGAAUUGAUAAGUCAAAAAAAAAGUCUAAAUGAAAAUGAUAAUUAUCAAUAUAUUCAAGACUAUAGUAAAACGUUUUAUAAUAUAAACCAUAAAAGAAGUGAUUUAUAUAAAAUAUACCAAAAUUAUAAUAUUAGAGCAAGUGAUAUUGAUUAUUGUAUUGGUCCUGUCUUUUACGAUAAUUUAAAAAAAAGAAAAUAUAAUUUACCUGAAACUUAUUUCGAAUUUUUAGGAGAUCAAUUACAAAUAUAUAUUCAAGAUAUGAUUACAGAUUUGUAUGAUAAUCUAGGAUUUUUGUAUGAUGAAAAAUCAAAAACAAAUUCUUAUGUUCACGAUUUUGAAGUUUACAAGUUUCAAGCAAAAUUAAUGUCUUUUAAAAAAAAAAAAAAAAAAACUAUUUUAGAUAAAUGUUGUUUAAAAUAAUAAUAAAAUAUAAGUAUCCGUAAAUAUUUCUAAUAUUUUAAUGCUCUAUUAUCAUAUUAUUUGUAAUGAAUUAAAAUAGAAGUUUCAAGAAACUUCUAGAAUACUUUUUCUUGACGACAUAAAAAUUACCAAUUGUAAUUAUUUUUCUAACCGACAAUUAUUUUAUUACUUUUUUCAAAUAUAUUAAAGCGAUGUUUACAUUAAUUUCAAUAUUUUUAAUUACCAUAAACAUAUUUGUUCCAUCGCAAAGACGGCUAAAUAUAAUAGUUAAAUUUUUAAGAAAAUAAUCCUUUCUUCAUCACUUCACCCACAAGGUUAAUAUAAAAUGGCUAAGAAAAAUUAGCACACCAGCAUAUUAUUCACCCAUUCUCUUAUUACUCAAUUUUAAAUAUAAUUCAUUCAUAAUUGUUAAAAUAACCAGUGCAAACCAUAGAAAUAAAUUUAGUAUGUUAUCCUUCAUUAUCAGUGUUUUAUUUAUUUAAAUUUAAUUAAUAUAUCCACGACGACAAAGAACAUCACAAUUUAUCAUUUAUCAACGAGUCCAUCUGAUUAUCAUGUAAACAAUUGACUGCUUAAAUGACCCCAAACAAGGUUUUUUAUAUUAGAAAAAAUCGAGCACUUUAAGAAUACAUAAAAUAUUUUUUAAAAUGGAAAAUAAAUUUGAAACCAAAAUAAUGAAAGCAAGAAGUAUGAAUGAUUUCUUAUUGAAAGAAAUAAAG